UAUUUCUUAGCUAAUACUAAAUACCUUAUUCUAUUCUAUUCUGUUUUAUUUUUUUUUUAUUUUUUUUUUCUCUCCAAAGUCGGUCAACCUUAUAAUCCACACCAUUGAUCUCAACAAAGAAGAAGACUUUCAAUUCGUUAACAAAUCUUGAUCUUUUUUGCUUGUGCCAAACUUCAACUUGAACAAGUUCUGAUGCUUCAAUCUCAGCUUGGAGGCUCUUAUGGAGGUUUUUGACACUUCUCCCUUUACUUUUUCCGUCUGUUCUCAACUGGGUUUCUUCAGUUUUUGUUGUUUUGAAGGCCUUCUCUUCUAACCAAAUUUAGCCAUAGAUACAUGCCUUAGGAGUAGUGAAAAGGGUUUUUUUUUUUCCUUUCUUUUUUUUUUGUUUAUUUUUAUUUGAUUCCUAUAUUGGUUAGUUCUAUGGCUACUAUUAAGAAACCCCGUAUGAAAGAUGCGGCAGCACGUCGCCGUUUUCUUUUAGUAGUUUCAGUCACUUUGUUAGGGGUUUUUCUGCUAAUUUUUGUCCUGGGAACAAAUUCAAGAUCCAAGUUUUUUCUUUCGGAUGAAUUAGGUGACGAUUUGAGCUAUAGUUAUAAUUACUCAUACAUUAACAAUAAACUUAGCCUUCCAAAGCAAAGUGAAUUGUCCAUUCAAUUGGAGAAGCUAAACCAGAUGCCCCCUAGGAAUAGAGAUCUAUAUCCAAGGUUGUCCUUAGAUCAUAUUACAAUUGUUCUUUAUGUACACAAUCGGCCACAAUAUCUCAAAGUAGUUGUUGAGAGCUUGUCGCAUGUGGUUGGAAUAAGUGAAACUUUGCUUAUAGUUAGCCAUGAUGGGUAUUUUGAAGAGAUGAAUAAGAUUGUUAAGAACAUCAGAUUUUGCCAAGUGAAGCAGAUUUUUGCUCCUUACUCUCCUCAUCUGUUUCCCAAUAGCUUUCCGGGGAUCUCGGUUGGGGAUUGUAAGGAUAAGGAGGAUGGGGCAAAGAAACAUUGUCAAGGGUCACCAGAUCAGUAUGGAAACCAUAGGUCGCCGAAGAUCGUAUCGCUGAAGCAUCAUUGGUGGUGGAUGAUGAACACUGUGUGGGAUGGAUUGCAGGAGACACGAGACCACUCGGGUCAUGUUCUUUUCAUAGAGGAAGAUCACUAUAUUUAUCCCAACGCAUAUCGGAACUUGCAGAGGCUUAUAACACUGAAGCCUCAAAAAUGCCCUAAUUGCUAUGCUGUGAAUUUAGCACCUUGUGAUGUGAAUUCGAGAGGAGAGGGGUGGGAUUGUUUGAUUGCCGAGAGAAUGGGAAACGUUGGCUAUGCUUUUAACCGGACUGUUUGGAGAAAAAUCCACAAGAAGGCAGGAGAAUUCUGUUACUUUGAUGAUUACAAUUGGGAUAUAACAAUGUGGACAAAGGUCUAUCCCUCAUUUGGUGGGCCUGUUUGCACGCUGCGAGGGCCUAGAACAAGUGCAGUUCACUUUGGCAAGUGCGGUUUGCAUCAGGGCCAGGGGGAUAACAAUGCUUGCGUUGACAACGGUGUGGUACGUUUUGAAGUGGAUAAUCUAGACAAGGUUGCCAACAUCAAACCGGAAUGGGAUGUGCGAUUCACAGAGCACCAGCCAGGUUAUAAAGCUGGAUUCAAGGGUUGGGGAGGCUGGGGAGAUGAAAGGGAUAGACAAUUGUGCUUGAAUUUCGCUCGCAUGUAUCACCUUAAAGACAUUGCUUCUUCAUCAUGAAAAGUUGAGACAACAGUUUUUCCUAUUAUGUCAUAUAGCUGCCAUAAGUGAUGAGCCGUAGAUUAGUUUGCUGGAUAUUUAAACAUAACACAUUAAGCUUUGAUUUACUUGUAAUGUUUCUUACAUUUUUUCUUCAAAAUAUAAGCUCAAAGAAAGCAGAAUUUUCUCUUACUUGGAGGCGACUUAUGUCUUUUUGAUAUCUCCUCUGGCAACAUCCGGUUAAAAAACUUAAGAUACGACAACCACAUUGGUUGAUAUUUUGGUUUUCUGUUAUAUUCUAGUUUUUUGUUAAAUUUUUCUUUGCAAUGUUUAGCUGCUUUGUAAUAUAUUUGGAUCUGCGUUUAAGGGCGUGCUUGUGCAUUCAUUCAAGUACAGGAUUGGAUUGCUUUUGUUA